CAAGAAAGGGCAAUUCCAUGGCAAGUUUGUUCCAGUUAUGCUCCGAAAAGCUAUUUUCUUUUGUGAAUCUUCAGGACAAAAUAAUAAUACUAAUACAACCGUCCAUCACAAUAAUAAUAAUUACAACCGUCCAUCACCCCACAGCAUUUCACCCACCGGACAAACGGUGUCUGCCCAACUGCAUUGGUCCGUCGGGAUUUUUGCUAACUAUCACAACGAUACCAUCGUUCUGUUUCUCUAUGUAGCUAGCCGGCAACAUCAGCGAUACUUCAAUGCCUCAAGUGGCUAUCGCGCGGAACACCAUUAACGUUAGUUGACAGUUGCACUUUGUGACAAGCUGUCUGCUCUCCUGAGGUAGACCACUGAUGGAGCAGCAGCCAAUAGGCUCUGGGGACAGUCUUCGUCAUGUUUCCGUGUGUUUCCUCCUGGCCCUCUGCUGAGCCCCCGUCACCCUGUGGCCAUGCCCCCCAGCCCACACACACUCACACACAGCCCCUGCUGUGCAGCGGCCCUGCCCCAACAAUGAACCCUCACCCCCACCCUGUUCCAGACUACAUGGAGUCCCUCAUCGUGGUGACCGAGUACGAGCCCAAGGGAGGUGAGGAGGUGGAGGACAUGGACAGCUCCGAGACCCCUGAGCCUGGCGCACCCCUCUUCAGAACCCCCUCCUGCGACCAGCUGUCCCAUGCUGUGGGCCGCCCCGUGGCCCUGUUCCCCAAGCCCCAGGAGCACCGGGGAAGACUAAACCUGUCGGACAGGAAGCUGUCCCUGCAGGAGCGCUCCCAGACGGCCUCAUCUCCCUGUGGCUCCCCAAGGCUUAACGGCCACUUCAUCUACCCCUCGCUGCCCUACUCGCCCAUCACCUCGCCCCACUCCUCCCCCCGGCUGCCCCGUAGACCCACCGUGGAGUCUCACCGCGUCUCCAUCACUGACCUGCAGGACUGCGUGCAGCUCAACCAGUACAAGCUCAAAGAUGAAAUCGGAAAGGGUUCAUAUGGUGUUGUCAAGCUGGCCUACAAUGAAGACGACAACACCUACUAUGCAAUGAAAGUGCUGUCCAAGAAGAGGCUGAUGAGGCAGGCAGGUUUCCCACGGAGACCGCCCCCCCGCGGCGCCAAAGCAGCCCCUGAAGGCCCCCCUCAGCCCAAAGGACCCCUGGAACGGGUCUACCAGGAGAUUGCCAUCCUGAAAAAGCUGGACCAUCCCAAUGUAGUGAAACUGGUAGAGGUUCUGGAUGACCCUGGUGAGGACCAUCUGUACAUGGUGUUUGAGUUGGUCAAACAGGGGGCUGUGAUGGAAGAGAUGCCCACAGACAAGCCGCUGAAUGAAGACCAGGCACGGUUCUACUUCCAAGACCUGCUCAGGGGGAUUGAGUUCUUGCAUUACCAGAGGAUCAUCCACCGGGACAUCAAGCCCUCUAACCUCCUAGUUGGGGAGGACGGUCAUAUUAAGAUCGCUGACUUUGGGGUCAGUAACCAGUUUGAGGGGGCAGAUGCCCUUCUGACCAGCACGGUGGGCACGCCCGCCUUCCUCGCCCCAGAGACCCUCUCCGAGACCAGGAAAAACUUCUCUGGCAAGGCAUUGGAUAUUUGGGCCAUGGGAGUGACGCUCUAUUGUUUCGUGUUUGGAGUGUGUCCCUUUAUGGAUGAACGCAUCCUUAGUCUUCAUCAGAAGAUCAAGACCCAGCCAGUGGAGCUGCCAGAGCAUGCAGACAUAUCUGACGAUCUGAAAGAUCUGCUACUGAAGAUGCUGGACAAGAAUCCAGAGAGCAGGAUAUCAAUACCACAGAUGAAGGUGCACCCAUGGGUGACGAGGCACGGAGCGGAACCCCUCCCUCUGGAGGAUGAUAACUGCUCCAUGCUGAUUGAGGUGACCGAGGAGGAGGUGGAGAACUCUGUCAAACACAUCCCCAGUCUGGCCACUGUGAUCCUGGUGAGGACCAUGCUGAGGAAGCGCUCCUUUGGGAACCCCUUUGACUGGGGCCGUCAGAGGACUGAGGACAGAGGCACCAGUCUGUCUGCACCGGGGCACAUGCUCACCAAAGGGAGAGCGGCCAAUGUGAGAUACUGCUACAUUCAUAGUAACCAAAGAAGGAAACAAGAGAACAUGGAGGGCAUGAGAAGUAUGGACCUGCCCUUUGUGGGAGAAGAUGAGGCUCUUUCCUGAUGCCAUGUGGUUUUUAAGCGCAAAGGUUGGGGCAUGCUAGUGACUCGACUUGCAGUCCGCCCUCAAGCCCACCCUUCACUCACUGAUAUGUUAUGUUGUGGCAGCCACCAAUGUUUUUGUUUUUUUAGGUGGACGGGACUGUUGGAUGAACUCCAUGACUUGUAUAGAGACGUGACUGGAGCCUGGACACCCUUCUGGGGGAAGCUCCCUUAUUGUCACUCACUAACCCCCUGUCUGUAAUGCAUGCUUAUGUUUCUAGUCAUAGCAUGCUCUGUCUCAGGCCUCUGAUGUACAGGUCUGUUUGCCUAGGUACCUGUGUUUCUCCACCCUCUCCACCAUUUGAAAAGACUCACGUUUAAUGCAGAGGUAUGUGGGAGGGGGUGUUUAUGGAUGGUUGUACAUUUCAAAGGGUGACUCCUGGUCCCCGCAUUUCAGCAGAGCAGAGUACUUGACUAUGUUUGUCUGUACCACUCAUCAAUGUGGACAGUUUAGGAACAUUCAUGUUUUCAGUGGAAACCUGUAUAGGAGAGGUUUAUUGAGAUGAAAAAGGUUUACUACAUUCAUAGUAUGCAUGUGUGUCUGUUGAUUUCUCAAUGCAAACAUUGUAGAAGCGACACAAGUUGCACAUUAAUAGAAUUAGUUGUUGCUGAACAAUCUAUUUGUUUUAACUGUCUCCCAGUUACGACAACUGGUGAAGAGCUUUUAAAAACGUAAUGUAACUAAAUGUUUCUAAUAUAUGUGUUUAGCAAAGGGGGUGAUACAGUGUUGAAGCUGAAAUCAAAAUCAUGUUUGUUUCUUUUUGUAUGGUAAUAGAUUUACAGAUCUCAUUUUCAGAACACCAAAAAGAAAAUGGUUAUCAUAUUUUGUAAAGUAAUAUCAUUCAUAGUGAAACAAACACCUUUUAAACAAGUGCAUUGCAAUGUCAUUGUGAAAUUGUAUCAAUUACUGGCUCUUACAAAUGAAUUUUAAUACCAAGCGUAUAGCCUAGUGCGGCUGCAGACCUCUUGUACAAUCUAUGCAUGACAUAUCCCUUAUGGAAAUGUUGGAAUUAGUUUGACAUGGAUAAAGUUGUCAUCAGAUAUGGUAAGAUACAAAUGAAAUGGUAGAACUUCGACAUUGCCAGUAGAGUGCAAUCUUUUUAAAUUCUCUGCUUUUUCUCCAUUUUUAGAUGAGCCCAAAGUGGUGGAAUAAUCUCCCCAGUUCUCUAGUGGCAUGUGUUUUUAACAUCUUUCCCUUUUUGCAUAUAGUUAGACAAUGUUGGUGUACAGAUCACUUCAGUCACUGAACAGGUUUAUGAUUCCACGAGAUAUUAUUGAAACAACAUUAAUUCAACAAUGAAUGCUUCCACAUAGUGAUUAUUACAGCACCAAAGUGUCAUUUUGUUGCAUGUCACUGCUGUAUGUGAAAACACGGUAUGUUGUGUUUUUAAAGACUUACUAUGCACUCCGUCAGCCUGUCAUGUAUGCUGUGUUUAAUGGUGUCUGAGUGAGGAGGUCUCUGUAUAGCUGACCACUUAAGUGUCUUCACAAAGUAUUCAUGCCUCUUCACUUGUUCCACAUUUUGUUGUGUUACAGCUGGAAUUUUUCUCACCCAUUUACACACAAAAUGUACGCAAAUGUAUUGAAAAUUAAGUACAGAAAUAGCUCAUUUACAUAAGUAUUCACACCCUUCAGUCAAUGCAUGUUAGAAUCACCUUUGGCAGUGAUUACAACUGAGUCUUUCUGGGUAAGCAUCUAAGAGCUUUGUACACCUGGAUUGUAGUAUUGGCCCAUUAUUCUUUACAAAGAUGUUCAAGCUCUGUCAUAUUGGUUGUUGAUCAUUGCUAGACACCCAUUUUCAUGUUUUACCAUAGAUUUUCAAGCAGGUUUAAGCCACAACUGUAAAAAUUCACUGUCUUGAUAAACAGCUCCAGGAUUGAUUCUC